AUGUCGGUUCUUGUGAAUGGUAGUCCUACGAAGGAGUUUGCGGUUGGUAAAGGUUUGAGACAAGGUGAACCUCUUUCGCCUUUUCUUUUUGUGUUGAUGACGGAAGGGCUUACAAGGUUGGUGAAACAAUCUAUAAUGGUGGGAGAGUUUGAGUCAUUUAAGAUUCGAGGUUGUUGUGAAGUGGACAUUAUUCAAUUUGCGGAUGACACUUUGUUGGUAGGAAAAGGAACUUGGAAACAUGUUUGGGCGGUUAAAGCGGUGUUAAGAGCUUUCGAAUUGGUUUCGGGGUUAAGAAUCAAUUAUCACAAGAGCUCUAAUCCGAGGAAAGAAGAGUUGUGGAAGCCACUUUUAGAUAAUAUGAAAAAGAAGUUGGAAGGGUGGAAAUAUAGGUAUCUCAAUUUGGGUGGGAGGAUUACUUUGUUCAAGUCCAUCUUGGGUUCGUUAAUGAUUUUCACUAUGUCUUUUUACAAGAUGCCGGUGAAGGCGGCGAAAGAAUUCACGAGACUUCAAAGAGCAAAGAAAGGUUCCAUUUGGUGGAGAGAUUUAUUGAAGAUAGGGAGUAAAGUUGGUGACGAUCCUUUUGCAUCUUCUUGCACCUUCAUUCUGAGGAACGACUUCAAAACUCCUUUUUGGGAAGAAAAAUGGUUGAGCGGUAGAAUUUUGAAGGAAGAUUUUGCGGCGGUUUUGGAAGCUUCGAGGUUGAAGGGGAUUUCGGUUGCGGGAAUGGGAGGGUGGGAGGAUGGUAGAUGGAAGUGGGGGGAUUUGGGGGUUCCGGCGGAAUUUGUGGGGAACUUGGGGUUGGAGGCCGAAUUGGCGGAGUUGAUUGUUUUUUUGGCGACGUUUGAGGGGUGGGGGGAAGGAAGCGAUGCAGUGGAGUGGGAAGGGAAUCGGGAAGAAGGGUUCACGGUGGCUUCUUGUUAUGGUCGUUACGCUAGCAUGCAAACUUGUUUUGGUCCUCCUUGUAGAUUUGACGAGGCUAAGGGAUUUGUGUGGAAGGCGGGGGUGCCAUUCAAGAUCAAGGCUUUUGCUUGGAGACUCAAUGCUAAUAGACUUCCUACCAAAGAUUUGUUGGUUCUAAGAGGUAUUCCAUUUUCUUUUGAUAAUUUAAAGUGCUCUUUUUGUGGGAUUUUAUCGGAAAAUCAGGAUCACUCUUUUUUUGCUUGCUUAUUGGUUAAAAAUCUAUGGAAAGAGAUAGCUAUGUGGGUAGGUAAAGAGGGGAUAGAGGAAGAUGAGUGA